CUAACUGAAGAUCUACACCUCUCAAAAAUGAAAAGAAAAAGAAAAAAAGCCUAUAGAAAAUGGAAACUCUUGAAUGCUACAGUAUGUACUUCUCAGCCAUCUGGUCAAGCAUGCCAAAAAGUUGUAAAAGAUUUUGAAAAGGACAUCAAGGAACACACUUCAGAGGCCAUGUUUCAUCAGACUGAGGCAUUAGGGAAAUUGAAGGAAAAUGGAGAUGAGUGUCUAUCUGCUUCUAUAAAUGGAAAACAGAAAUCCUCUUUGCUCCCCAAAGAUGAUAAACAACCUCCAUCUGACCGCAAAAUACACAAGAGGAUGGAGAAUGAUGACUAUCCUCCGGCUAUCUCUCAUCAGCUAGAGGAAGUCUUACCAGUGGCUAUGUUUAAUGACUGUAAAAAGUCAUUAUCAGGAAAAAUUACAACACAGGAUUUCCCAAACACAGUAGAAGCCUUAAAGCCAGCAAAAGGCAAAUUUAUUAGAGAAGUCAAAUGUGGAGCUUUCAAUGUGCAAGUGGAAACCACAAAAAGCAUUUUCUGUAAAACAGGAGUACAUUUCCCAACAAAGCGGCGAUGCCCAACAUGUCACCAGCAUUAUUCUGUCCAGCAAAGACAACGAGAUUCCACAUCUCGGGGCCAGUUCUCUAAUUACAACACUGUAUUGGCAGAAAGAUUCAAACAUAAGGUUCCAUCUACAUGCAUAGGAGAGGCUUCUAAAAGAAAUGUCCCUUCAAUAAGCAUAAGCAUUGUAGGGAAAGAAAUUAUGGUUGAAUAUGUAAGUAAAAAACAGAACAUAUUAAUCAAUAUCUCUCAUUCUAAAAGCAUAGGGAAAUCAAUAAAACAUAGAAAAAGUUCCUUAAACCACACCACAAAAGAACCCUGUGAAUUUCCUUCACAGCCUGGCAUAAAUCAUCCUGAAAACAGGAGGCUUGAAAGCCAGAAACAGUGUUCAAAUGGUUUGCAUGGCAUUCCCUGUAGUGUGAAUACUGUCCAGGAAGAGAAUUCAGACACUGUUGUGGUUUCUCUAAGCCCACUUCCCAGGGGAGAGAAAAAGAAACCCAACACACCGCCUUCAGCCCCAGAUGAUUCAGAAGAGGGAGAUCCUGCUACAUCUCAACAGAAGGUCUUCCAAAUUACUCAGGACAACCCCCCAAAGCAACAUUUCUUCACAGCUGCCACUUGUCCUCUUACCUCUUCUCAAACCUUAAGGACCACAAGUUUGAAUAAUAUGGAUUUAAGUAAAAUGCCUUUUGAGGAUUCAAGGGAUGUGGAUAAAAAGAGAAAAAACAGCUCUGAUAUCAGGGAAAAUAUCAUUUCACAUUCCCAAGUACAGCCAUGCACAGCAGGAACCAAUGGUCUCCUAAGUACUGUGAGCAGCAUGAUUCCCAUUCAAGAUGCCUCAGACUCUGAGUGUUGUCCUUUGUCUUUUCCAACCAUGCAGCUCUUGGGAGAAAAAGCAGACAACCUCAGCUGCAGAGGCAAUAAAACCCUGCCAGGAGAGGGCUAUGAGAGCCCAAAUUCUGUGUCUUUCCUUGUUAGUGAACAUGCUCUGAAGUCUUCUCUGUUACUCAGUCCAUCCCACUGGGUCACCUGUAGAGAACCUGUAGAGACUUCUGGGAACACACUUUCUUUUAGCCAAUACAUUGGUGUUGGGAGAGAGCAGGACAAAGUACAUGGUGCUGUGAUUUACAGAGAUGUUAAUGAGACUGUUUUAAACAGUGACUCUUCUGUGAACACACAUCUAUUGGAAAGGAAGAACACACAGAGUCCAACAGUGAGGAUUACAUCCUGCAGCAGCCCAGUUUCGAAGAGCCCACUUCAUGGCAAUAUAUACAGCUCUGUGGAAUGGGAUCAAACAGAGAGCCAUGCAAAUCAUGUAGAGAUGACAGCCCUCAGCAGAACAGAAGGGCCAGUCUCGGCCUCCAUAACUGAUGAGUUAGAGCAGAGAGUCACUGCUCAAAAUCACAAAGAAGGCACAGUUGAUUCUAAUUGUCCCAUGGCAGUAAGAAACCCUAGAGAGUCUACCAGCUAUUUGGAAAAUGUUGAAGAUGAAAAAUGCCAGGCACUACCAGUCGUGAAGAAUAUGUGCCACAGAGAUUUUGAAGAUGCAACGAGUGAGUAUCAAAAUGAAAUCUGUGCUCCCAUGGAUUUUCCACUAAACUCUGUUGAGUCUACCUGUACAGAACAUGCUACAGAGAAGCUGUCUCUUAUUCAUAAGACACUACUUGUUAAUGAAGAUCCAAAUAGUAAUCAAGGCAGCAAAAGUUUUGAACUGAAUAACUUCCAACAGGAGCCAGCAGAGUUCCAAAGGACAGCAUCAAGAGCACACCUUGAAGAAAGUGAGAAAAACUGUGACCCCACAGAAACUUUCUACCACCCUAUAGACAUAUUGUGGUCACCACAGAAGCAGAAGGCACUGAAAGAUCAGAAUUUGGAGAUCAAUAAGCCCCGAAAGCUAUCACAGGAAUUGGUUCUAAGAGGAGGAAGAGCCAGUGAUGGUUCCCAGGAAGAAGCGAUAGACCAGUGGGCCAGGAGGAGACAGCAGUUCAAGGAGGGCAAGAGAUGCAGCUCAACAGGGGGCAGCUCUGUCAUCAGCAACUUCACAGAAGGCUCCAUCACCUCAGAUGAUGCUCAUUCUGUGGAUUUUGGCUUUCGGGUUGAUAUUGAAGAAAAAGGCUUCUACACGGAGAAUUUUCAUUCCACAGCAUGGGUUUUCCGAGGAGAUGAUGGCGAUCCUGAAGACAGCCCCAGGUGUCUUAGUAAAAAGCCAAGACCAGUCGCUGUCCGUGAGCGAACUGUGAGACUAUUCAAAGGAACAGGAGAUUAUCCCUGGGGAUUCCGGAUUCAGUUCUCCAAGCCCAUCGUGGUAACUGAAGUGGAUGCCAACAGCGCUGCUGAGGAAGCUGGCCUCCAGAUUGGAGACGUGGUGCUGUCUGUCAAUGGUACUGAGGUCACCAGUGUUGAGCAUGCAGAAGCUGUGCACCUGGCCAAGAAAGGUCCUGACAUCUUGACCAUGGUGGUGGGAUCCGACAUCAGCCGCUGUCCAAAUACCCCAUGGCCCACCUGCCGUGGCUACCUGCAUAAGAGGACUCACUCGGGCUUUGUGAAGGGCUGGAGGAAGAGGUGGUUUGUGUUGAAGCAUGACGGCUUUCUCCUCUAUUACAAACACAGAAAGGAUGAAGGGAAGUGGCCACCUCUAGAUGUAAUAAAAUUAGAAGGAGCAGAAAUCGACAUUGACAACAGCUUGGGAAAACCAUUUGUGUUUAACUGCAUGCCUCAGUCCGGAAGUAGAUUAUAUUGCCUCUGUGCAACAUCAAACCAAGAGAUGAAAAGGUGGCUUGAGGCAAUGCACAAAGCAGCCCAUCCUAUCCGCCAGAACCACGUCUGGGAAGAUGUCACACUGCACAACAGUAGCCUCCCACCCCUUGCAAUCAAACAGCCCGAAUGCCUGGGCCUCCUGCAUCAGCUGCAGACAAGCACAGAUUCGUGGAUCCAACACUACUGCAUCCUGAAGGAUGGCUGCUUGUAUUUCUAUGCUAGCAUUCGCUCCACUCAGGCAUCAGGUGGCCUGUAUCUUCAGGGAUACAGGGUGACUGAACAGACCCACGGCUUUGAGCAAUCAGUAAUUGAACUCAAACCUUCAUCAGAAGAGUUCAAGACCUUCUAUUUCUGUGCGGAAAAUAAAACGGAAAAUCAGCGCUGGAUUACAGCUUUGAAAACAUCUAUCAAAAAAUGGCUUCCUUUGGACCAAGCUAUUCAAGAGUUCAUGAAUCGACCUCUAGAGGAGACCAGAAUGUGAAAGAAAGUCUAAUUAAAAAGAUAGAUUCAAAAAAAAAAAAAAAAAAAAGAUAGAUUCCACAAGGUUGUUUCCAGCUUGAUGAAAGAAAUGAAACAUUUCCCAAUAUUCUGAAGCACAGUUUUUCAAGUGGAUCUACUCCUUAUGUAUUAAAACUUGUAGCAACCCUCUGGUAUCAGUGUUCAAAUACUGCACUUAUGUCACAGCCUAGGCUGCUUUCAUUUGCAGCAGCGUGCCCUGGGUCUCUACCUCUGACUCUUAAAACCAUAAACGAACAUGUAUUUGUCUCAUUUUCAUCCUUUAUAUUUUUUGCUAAAAGCUUCAUCCAAAACUUUGGCCAUAAGCUUCAGAGGACAUCUUGGGGCCGUGAUGCAGAACAAACUAAAAUCAUGGAAAUGAUAUUUCUGACCAGAUAAAAAGGUAUUUCAGCCAGAGGUCAUCUUGUUAGGCUCUCUUAUGAGGAACACUGCCCCAGGACUUCUUAGGUGGAGUUCUUCUCAAUAAUUUCUGGAUGUUAUUGUUAAAAAAAAAAAAACAAUAAAAUAAGGAAAUAAACUGACUCUAAGGGAGACAUCUCAAAGACAUGGAUCUGAUUCAUCAUAUGAAUUUCUACCUAGAAAGCAAAAUUUGAAAAAAGUAAAAAAAAAGAGGCCUUGGCUCUUUUUCUCAGUGUAAUGAUCUCUAUGUUCAACUGAAGAAGUUGUAAUGCAUUUUGGAAGUCCCACGGACUGGGCAUGGACCACAGAUUUCAUGUUCAGCUAUAAGAUUCGAAUACCCUGAAACCAACUCACAAGGUAAAAGCAAGCCUGUCCUUUCAUUAAGAAUGCCAUUGCAGAGCCACGAGAGCUUUGCAGCUUGACUCUUCUUUAGAGAUGAGGGAAGGGGAGGUGAUUUCCUGCUGAUGACUAGACAAGUGGAUCCUGGUACAACUGCAACUGAGUCCAGCUUCAUCUCUUGACCCAGUGUCUUCCCACCCACUGCCCUACCAUGCCCAGGAAAAUGUGGUAUGGUCACAAAAAGACAUUGAAGCUUCCUCUAAAACACUUCCAGUCUGUAGGAAAAACUUGAAGCAAUUCUCUAUUUUUUAAAUAUUACUUAACAUCAUUUUAUUACUUCUUUUACAUUUUGAGAUUGUAAUAUAAUUACAUUAUUCCCUAUC